CAACGGCAGCUGGCCCAACUCUACCGCAAGCGAGAGCCACCUCCUGAGGGAGAACUACACCUUCUCGGCAUACUACCAGCACUCCUCCCCCGUGGCCGCCAUGUUCAUCCUGGCCUACACUUUCAUCUUCCUCAUGUGCAUGAUCGGCAACAUCCUGGUGUGCUUUAUCGUGGUGAAGAACCGCCAGAUGCGGACGGUCACCAACAUGUUCAUCCUCAACCUGGCCAUCAGCGACCUGCUGGUGGGCAUCUUCUGCAUGCCCACUACCUUGGUGGACAACCUCAUCACGGGUUGGCCCUUUGACAACGCCAUGUGCAAAAUGAGCGGCCUGGUGCAGGGCAUGUCCGUCUCCGCCUCAGUUUUCACGCUGGUGGCAAUCGCUGUGGAGAGGUUUCGCUGCAUCGUCCACCCCUUCCGGCAGAAGCUGACGCUGAGGAAAGCCCUGGUGACCAUCACCAUCAUCUGGGUGCUGGCCCUGAUCAUCAUGUGCCCCGCUGCCAUCACCCUGACCGUCACCAGGGAGGAGCACCACUUCAUGGUGGACACCUACAACAACUCCUACCCCCUCUACUCCUGUUGGGAGGCCUGGCCCGAGACGGGGAUGAGGAGGAUCUACACCACCGUCCUCUUCUCCCACAUCUAUGUGGCUCCCCUCGCCCUCAUCGUCAUCAUGUACGCCCGCAUCGCCUUCAAGCUCUUCAAGUCGACGGCACCUGCCCACGGCCAAGAGGAGCCGGAGAGGAGGAGGGUCUCCCGGAGGAAGGCCAAGGUCAUCAACAUGCUUAUCAUCGUCGCCCUCUUCUUCACCCUCUCCUGGCUGCCCCUCUGGACACUGAUGCUGCUUACAGACUACGGGCGGCUGAGCGAGGGCCAGCUCCGCCUGGUCACCGUCUACGUCUUCCCCUUCGCCCACUGGUUGGCCUUCUUUAACAGCAGCGCCAACCCCAUCAUCUACGAGGACGCCGCCGGACGCUACAUCUCCCCUUUCCACGAUAUCCCCAUCUACGCGGACGCCGGCAAGAAUGUGUUCAACAUGGUUGUGGAAGUACCUCGAUGGACAAAUGCUAAAAUGGAGAUUGCAACAAAGGAUCCCUUAAACCCAAUUAAGCAAGACGUUAAGAAAGGAAAACUGCGCUACGUAGCUAAUGUGUUUCCCCAUAAGGGCUAUAUCUGGAAUUACGGUGCUAUCCCACAGACUUGGGAAGACCCAGGUCACAAAGAUGGAAAUACUGGCUGCUGUGGAGAUAACGAUCCAAUUGAUGUGUGUGAAAUUGGAAGCAAGGUCUGCUCUCGAGGGGAAGUCAUCAAAGUGAAGGUGCUGGGCAUGCUGGCACUGAUUGAUGAGGGAGAGACAGACUGGAAGAUAAUUGCUAUCAAUGUUGAAGACCCUGAAGCAGACAACUAUAAUGACAUCAAUGAUGUCAGAAGGAUGAAACCUGGAUACUUAGAAGCUACAGUGGACUGGUUCAAAAGAUACAAAGUACCUGAUGGAAAGCCAGAAAACCAGUUCGCUUUUAAUGGCGAAUUUAAAGACAAGGAUUUUGCAGUGAACAUCAUCAAAAGCACUCAUGAACACUGGAAAGCUUUAAUAGCGAAGAAAACUGACGGAGGGGAGAUCAACUGCACAAAUCUGACGGUGUCUGACAGCCCCUUCUGCUGUAGUCAAGAGUGUGCAAAAGCUACUGUGGAUGCAGCACCGCCGUGUAAAGCUGCCAACCCAAUCCCACCCGAAGUUGACAAGUGGUUCUACUACCAGAAGAACUAAGGCCUGAGGAUGGGUGGUGACACAGCUGCGCCCUUCCCACCGAGGGGUCGCCACAGGCAGGAAUAGACCAGGGAAAUAGUAGCUGCAGUGUCAACAAGACGACCUUGUCUGCAACUUUGCCGAUUAGAAUUACGUAUCUAGCAGUGACGUCUCUGCUGCAUCGAGGUCUUGUGGAGGCUAGAAGACAUAAUUUAUAAAAUCGAAACACCCUGCUUGUGCGUGUCGUAAAGUGCUUUGUAAAUCGCGACAGAAGAUCGCUCACCUGGUACGUGUAUGGAUGCUAUAAAUAAAAACUACUGAAACUG